AUGGUGAAUGACGACGACACACCUGGGUGGAGAGUGUUCAAAGAUAUUGAAUGGGGGUCUGGUACUGUUGAUCUCUAUGAGCUCGACAAACUAAAAGAUCUUGCCGAAUUUGAUGAAGAGAUGGCAUCAGCGGCUGACGACGAUGAGGUUAUUCCCGAACGCAUCCUGAAGGCUUUUCCAUCAGUUGAUGACAUUUUAUCUUGGGAUGCUUCUAUAUUUAUUCACUGGGCAGCUUAA